UUAGUUUUUCAGUUUUUCAUGUUGGAGAACUCCCUUGAAGUCUCCGGUUCAUUGAUUAGACGGGGGACCUAACUAACUCCACAGACAACUUGUCAACUUUCAAAGCCAAAGCAUAGGCAAAGUCAUCAAAAGGAAGUUUCCUCCCAUUUUGGCCUCUGUUUCUCCUCCGCUCAGCUCUGUCGUGUUCUUCAAGUCCGUCAACUGUGCAAUCCAGCCCGUUGAUCUCGGAGCUGAUUGAAUCGAAGCAACAGGGGGCACAAGUUUCGGUUCAUGGGUAUCAGCUAUCACGAGCCCUGCGUGCUUUCAGUCUCAGUUUGAAGGCUGUAAUAGAGGUUUUUGAUAUUACCCUUUUAAUUAUUCACUGUGUUCUCAAAUGGGUUGGUGCAAUUUUUGGUGUUUAACACUAGUUUAGAAUCAAGUUUUUUUUUUUUUUUUUUUACUCAUUGGAGAAUUUAGGUGGGUUUUAUUUCUCUGAGCUUUGAAGCUAAUGAUGCUGUUAUUGUACAAUCGUUGAAGCCUGUUUGACACUUUGUAUGUUGUUAGUGACUUAGUUUUAUGGCUGCUAAUAAGAAACUCAAUUUCAAAGUUGCGGCCUUGCGUCGUAUCUUGUCUGUAGUUUUCAUCACUUUGUUAGGGGUUCUGCUCCUGAUAUUUCUCCUUGGAACGAAUUCAACUUCAAAUUCUGUGGAACCGUCUUGGGAUGAAAUAGAUGAACUUAGUUAUAAUUAUUCGGAUUCUAGUGAAAAACUCGGUCUCCCUAAACAGAAUAGAUUGUCGGUUCAUUUGGAGAAGCGAAACCAGUUGCCCCCAAGAAAUCUAGAUCUAUAUCCGACUCUAGCCAAGAAUCAUAUAGCUAUUGUUCUCUAUGUACAUAACAGGCCCCAAUAUCUCCGUAUAGUCGUGGAGAGCCUGUCACAUGUAGUGGGAAUAAGUGAAACUUUACUGAUAGUUAGCCAUGAUGGCUACUUUGAAGAGAUGAACAAGAUUGUUGAAGGGAUCAGAUUUUGCCAGGUGAAACAGAUUUUUGCUCCUUAUUCCCCCCAUGUCUUUUCCAAAAGCUUUCCGGGGGUCUCACAGAGUGACUGUAAGGAUAAAGAUGAUGCGGCAAAGAAGCAUUGUAAAGGUAACCCUGAUCAGUAUGGAAACCACCGGUCACCGAAGAUUGUGUCAUUAAAGCAUCACUGGUGGUGGAUGAUGAACACAGUGUGGGAUGGAUUGAAGGAGACCCGUGGACACGAGGGUCAUAUUCUUUUCAUAGAGGAGGACCACUUCAUAUUUCCCAAUGCAUAUAGCAACUUACGGAUACUUACAGAACUGAAGCCUCAUAAAUGCCCUGAUUGUUAUGCUGCAAAUUUAGCACCUUUGGAUGUGAACUCAAGAGGAGAGGGGUGGGAUAGCUUGAUUGCAGAGAAAAUGGGAAAUGUGGGUUAUUCCUUCAAUGGUACUGUUUGGAGGAAAAUCCAUAGGAAGGCAAGAGAAUUUUGUUUCUUUGAUGAUUACAAUUGGGAUAUAACUAUGUGGGCAACUGUUUAUCCUUCGUUUGGUGGUUCUGUUUACACAUUACGAGGGCCUAGGACUAGUGCAGUUCACUUUGGGAAGUGUGGUCUGCAUCAGGGCCAGGUGGAGAAUAAUGCUUGCAUUGACAAUGGUGUGGUAAAAAUUGGUGUGGAAGAGAUUGAUAAAGUUGCCAAUAUCAAAUCAGAAUGGGAUGUGCAUAUUCAUACGCAGCAGUCCGGAUAUAAAGCUGGGUUCAAGGGUUGGGGGGGUUGGGGGGAUGAGAGAGACCGCCAGUUGUGCUUAAGUUUUGCCCGCAUGUAUCAUGCCAUACACACUGUCUCUACUUCCUGAAGAGUUGACAUUGCGGCAUUUUGAUUUUUUCCUACUGUUGUAACUAGUGAGGUCUGGGUUAUUUUUGUUGAGUAAUUUAAAGGUAGCAUAAGUAGCUGUUUUUUCUUUGUUAUAUCUCAUUUAUCUUCAAAAAAUUUCACAAUACUGCUAGAAUCAAAUCAAAAUUUUCUAUUUGGUAUGGUGAAUCCAUUCUGAUAUCUUGAUUAUCUCAAGUUGUUGACACGCUAUGAGACUACAGACUGCCCUUCUGUUAAUCAAGUAAUACAGAUUACUUGUCUGUUGUGUUGUGCUCA